AUGGAUCGUCAGAACAAAAAAACUGUAUCCGCAUCUCAACCGAAGUCGGAAAAGCAAGACGGCCAGGAAGAGCUCGAUUACGACAGUGAGGAUUUAAUGAUAGAGUUUAUCAAAGUGGAAUGUGGCAGGAACCCUGAUGCUGAUCCAUUUAUUAGUAAUGUUGACAUCGAAGAGGAUGAAAUAAUAAGUGACCAAGUAAUUCAGCAAGUGAAUGUGCGUACAAAAAGGCAAAAAAUGUCUCAUAAAACAAAACACAAUUGUGGUGAUACGUCUGGAAGAGAUCGUAAAGUACCAUCAGCUAGAAAUCAAGCGAUAGCGACAUCGUUAAAAUCUAAACCCGUUAAUACAUCAGAGCCGGCAACCACUUUCACCGAAGGAUCGGCAGCAGAACAAUCGGUGACUAGUUUAUUCGCUAGGACAGAAGAAAGGCUUACCGGUAUAGAAUUUAGUCUAGUAGAAAUAAACAGCAAAUUAGAUGUACUUGGUGACCAAUUCCAAUCCUUACUGGAAAGCGUUACUACUCCACCAGAAAAGAAACGCACAAUUAUUGACAUAGGUUUUGACAAAAUCGACAAUUUAGAGCAGUUGGAAACAUUCAACGAAGAUCUUUCCCAGCUAGAAUAUAAAGAGAAGAUAAUGCAAUGGCUAGAGGGCAAUAUAAUUGAGGAAAGAAGCGAAUACCGAAUGACCGAUGCGUUGGACAUGCUGUUCACGCGAAGAUUUUUAACUUUAUGUAGCUGGACCGGCAUCGGUAAAGGCACGCAAAAGAUAGCAAUGAUGCAGAUGACUAACGUCACGAAGCUGUUCCAACGCAUUGGAACGACAUUAACUGCCAUAGUAAACCACAAACGAGUUGCAGUUUUUUUCAUGAAAAAACUAAAAAAUGCUUCUAAGCGAGCUGUGGUUAAAGGUGUUCGUACCAAUUCAUCUCCUGCAUCAUCUUCAAAUAUGGAGUGUUAA